GCCGUGGGGGACGGGGGACAACGGUGCCCGCACGGAGUCACCCGCCUCGGUCCGACCACGCACAUCCCCAGUGGUCCUCCCUGUGGGAUGCCCCCUCUUUUCCUGUUUACUUGUCCUGCUGGGAACAGAACAAUAAAUAAUUUAUCGCCGAUCGGUUGGCGCGGGGCCGACCCGUCAGCGGAGCUGAUUUUCCCUGGCCAAGUGUCAGGGCAAGAGGCCAGGAACGCCGGGCAGGGGAACAGGCACCGCCACAAUUAUAAGAUUAACACCUUGUUUGGUGGUCACACACUGUCAAGUGGUAAAAGAUUGCUCCGGUUGGGCUCUAUGGAGCAUCGCUCACAAAUUACCUUAUUAAGCAGGAUCUUGCUCCUGGUGGCUCCUGCACCUGUGUCCUCAGAUAUUCCCAUUCAUGGUGGAGAGGAGGCCAGCACUCGGCUGGGGCUGCGCAGCUGCAGGAGCAUUAUUCCCUCUUGCCAGAUUUGCAUAUCAAUGAGCCCCUGAUUAAUAUUUAAAGAGCCAGCUGUCCGAGCCACCUAGGGAAGAAAAAAAGCUCUGUGAGGUUUUUAUUUAUUUAAUUUUAUUUUUUUAGGGAUAACACUCGCUGCCCUUUUUUAUGGAGCGCGCUUUAUUUUUAACCCCCCUAAUCUUUUAUUUGAAAUUAAGAAAAAAGUCAGGGAGAAAAAUAUGAAGAACCAUUAAGGGGUGAUCAGUGAAGGAGUUGUGCUGCUCUCAAUGCUCCUCAGUCCUUUUGUGCCGCCGGGCGCAGCUGCACCGAGCAGGUUUUUUUGGGACCGGGAUCUGGGAGCGCGAGGCCUGGGAAAAGGGGUGGAUUCCCCCACUCCCAGCUUCCCCCGGCUCCUGCCACGGGGCCGUGCCUGGUGCCGAUGUCCCCACGCUCCCGGGGGUGCAGGGAGCGGUGUUGUCCAUGGGGAGGGAUGCUGGUGGUGACCUGGCAGGAGCAAGGCACAGAGUCUUGGCUCCAGGGGGCUGAUCAAUUGAAAUGCCAUCAAAAAACCGGGAAUCGCUAUUUCCCCUGCCUCCACGGCGCUGUUAAUCGCCCAGAGGUUUUGUUUCCAGCCCUAAAAGCUGUCAUUUUGAAGGACCAUUCUCCUGCCCUUUUUCUCUCCUGGAGCAUUUGUCAAUAAUCCUCCGACAGCGGCAGCUUUGUUACCCCAACUAAUUGGAGUCAAGUAGGGCUGCGAGAAAAGAUCGCUCCCGAGCGAGCCCUGGGAAAAAAACCUGCAAAAGGAUUUUAAUUUUCAAUAAAAUAUGCAGAUAAGUAGAAAUUACCAGCGGGGAAGGGGGGCUGUGUGGAUAAUGGGGCUGCUCAGACGACGGCGGCUCGAGGGGCUUAAUGAGCGCUCGAGCUCUGGUGAUGCCGCCGGCUCUGCGGGAUGGGGGGCUCGGAUCUGCCCCCCACACCUGCACUUCCCAGUGGCUAAUAGGUACUUCUGGGGGGGGUGGAGGUGAGGGAGAUGUUUGUCUGCCCGGUCGUGCUGGGCUGCAGCUGGUGGGGAAAUAUUUCAGGUCGUGUUUUGUUGUAUUUACGUGCAAGCAUAGGAAAUCUGGGCAUCCCUCCGCAGUGAGGUUGGGAUUGCUCUGGGAUGCUGAGGCUCUCAGGAGGCCAAGGAUGGACUUGGACCUUCUCAGCCUGUGGCACUGUCCCAGCCUGAGCCUGGUGGGUGUGGAUUUUGGCCAGGAUGUUCCAGGCAGGGGACGAGUGUUUUGUGCCACAUGCCCUGCCUGUGGCUGUGCUUUGCCUGGCUGGUGGGAGGUGGUCCCUUCUGCUGGUGGGGAGCAGGAAUAAAAGUCCCUCCAGCUUCACUGGGACUGGAUUUGGCUGGGAUUGCCCAGAAGGCCUCUCCAGGUCCUGCUGCUGGAUGAACCUUGAGCAGAGGCAGGUGCGCCAAGGGAUGAUCUUUGCAAACGGGUUUUCAAAAAGGGUGGGAUAAAAUAUUUCCCAGUGAGGGGCUGUUCAGCCCCUCCUGCAGCAGAGGGCAUUCCCACAGGAAUAUGCCCAGGGCCAGGGCUGGGAAGAACUGCUCCUACCCACAUCCCUGGCUGGUCUGCCUGCAAGAGAUCGAGGGCUGGAGGGAUCCAUGGGCCGGCAGGGAAGGGGAUGCAGCCACAGGGCAGACACUCCACGUGCUGCCUGCAGGGUCUUGGUGCUGUCUCCAUGCAGAGCAGGUCGGUCCCACCUUUCCCAGCAACUCAGAGCACUUCCAGGAGGGUUUUGCUGGGAUGUUUUUGGUGGCCGUGCCCCAUCCCAGUGCCACGUGCCAUCCCCCGGGAGCAGAGGGGCAGGAGCUGCCCGAGACCACCAAGGAGGUGCAGGCGGCUUCCCGAGGGCAGGAUGGAGCUGGAUGAGGCACUGGGGACCUGCUGCCCCCACAGCAGCCCCCCCUGAGUCCCCAGCCCCUUGGGGAGGGACAGCUGAGCCGUCACCUGUUGGAGCUCAGACGCUGCAGCUGCGCCUGCUUUGAACCCGCCGGAUUAGGCAGCGGAGAGGGCCAUGAGAGCACUUGUGCUCCACGUGCCAGGGCCUUCCUCCUCUUCCUCCUCCUCCUCCUGGUGGGGAUGGAGGUGGGAACGACCUCUGGGUGAGGGUCAAAGCACCUUCAGCCCUUGGGACACCAGCUUAAGGUCUGAUGAGCUUUAUCCUUUCUAUCCAAAAACAGGAUUUCCAAAAUAGGAAAAUAAAUAGGUAAAAUCAUAGGAAAUCCCAGGAGGGAAAGAAUAACCCAACACUUUUUAGCUUUGGGAGAGCCAGAAUCUGCAUGUGGACACAUGGUCUCCCAGUUUGGGAAGGGUGUUCCCAGUUUGGGAAGGGAUGUUCCCAGUUUGGGAAGGGUGUUCCCAGUUUGGGAAGGGAUGUUCCCAGUUUGGGUAGACGCUGUUCUGUGCUGUCCCUUUGGUGGUGACAGCAGAGGGUGGCUCGUGGUGGGUGGCUGUGACGUGUGGGUGCCUCUGUCUGCCAUCACAGGACGUGUUGAGAUGAUGCUCCUGGCUCAGUGGGUGAUGGAUUGGUGUUCCCAGCUCAGUGGGUGAUGGAUGGGGACAUUGCAGGGUCAUUCUGUUCUCUGUUUUAGUGGGCUGGUGGUUUUUGGCCAAACGUUGGAUUUGAUGACCUUGGAGGUUUUUUCCGUGGUUCUGAUUCCAUGACUGAGUGGCCAGAUCCUCCAAGCACCACCCCCAGCCCUCCUUUCACAGCUCUCCUCUCACCUCUGUUUUCCCUUGUUUCCUCAAUCCCAGAUCCAAACCCACAGGGACAGACAGGCCGAUCCCGUGGUUUUCCAGUGGCAGCCAAAGUGUCCCCGUGCCCUCCCCGAGCCCAUCACCAGGGCAGGACCAGCACCAAGGCUUGGCCUCAGUCCCCAGGGAGUGCAGGAUUUGCCCUGUGCUUUUAAAAGCAGACAGGGAACGGUUUGGGGUUACUUUUAUACAAACAAAGCUUUCUCCCUGGACUUUUCCCCUCUCCCAGUUUCCCCACGCUCCUUUUCGGGCUGUUUAAGAGCCAGAGUGUAACAUUAAGAUGAUUUACAGCACCCCAGGAGUGGAAGGGCAGAGACUUGGGCGGGUUUUUUUUCCCCUUUUCCUCAGGUGAAAGAAAACCUCAAUGUUAACUCAGGAGCCCUUGAUUUACAGGCUCAAAUUUACGAGUUCAAAACCGUUCUUGCUCUCGCAGAUCUCCUUCUCCCUGGGCCGUUGGAGUGCUUGUGAAAGGUGAGGGGUUUGACAGCUCCUGGAAACAAAAGCUUUUAAUAUCCCCCGGAGUGGGGGCUGUCCCAGGCAAGAAGAGAGAUGCCAGCAGGGUUUUCCCUCCCUGCUGCAGAUUUUACUCACUCCAGGCUGGUCUUAACCACACAGAGCAGAAAGUUUGCUCGAGUUAAGCCGGGACUAAUUAGCAAAGCUCGUUUCCUUGGUGCCUGUGGAGUCCCCUGGGAUUAUCCCUGCUGGCUGGAGCAGGGCUGGGCUGGAGGCUGAGGCUGAGCUUGAGGUCACCCAUCACUCCCGUGAUGUUUUCAGACCCUUCCCAAAUUUUUUUGGACACCUCCAGACUUUGUGUCAGAACACAAGGCUGUGGGUCACCCUCUGGGUUUAUUUUUAAUCCCUUUGGUGAAGCCCCUCCCCUCCUCCAGCCCCCAGUGACACCAACAUUUGGGGUCUAAACUAAACUGGCAGUGGCCUUUAAAAUAUAACAUGCAUGAAAUACCAGGAGUAAAAAAGCUCCUCUUUAAAGCACAUGUCAUGCAGUGGCUUAGAGAGCUGGGGGAUUAAACCUUCGUGGAGCUUGGGAAGCAAUGCCAGAGCCCCUGCUGCACUUCAUUAAAGCACAUUUUUGACACAGUUUGCCUGAUUCAGUAACAAUUUAGUUGACCAAGAACCCAAUGGGAAGGGACAGGCAACUGUGCAGAAUUUUGUUGUGUUUUCAUUUUCAUUUUUUUCAUGUCACUUUGCCAGCUGUGACCUGCCAGGGAUGGCUGAGCCCUGCAGGAUCCCUGUGUGUAUCCCAAAAAGCAACUGAGAUGGAGCUGGGGUCAGGGUGGUGCUCCCACAGGGACGUUGAGGGUCACCACUGUGCCCACCUCCCCAUCAGCUUCUCUGCUCAACCCACAGCCCCACUGGCCUCCAGUUGCACCAGGAGAAGUUUAGGUUGGAUAUUAGGGAAGAUUUUUUCAUGGAAAGGGCUGUCCAGCCCUGGCACAGCUGCCCAGGGCAGUGGUGGAGUCCCCAUCCCUGGGGGGAUUUAAAAGCCCUGUGGAUGUGGCACUUGGGGACAUGGGUUAGUGGUGGCCUGGGCAGUGCUGGGGGAACGGUUAGAAUUGAUGAUCUCAGAGGUCUUUUCCAACCUAAAUGAUCCCAUGGUUCUGUAACUCAUGAUUCAUAAACCUUACUCUGGCCACCUGUGGAUGGGCUGAAGCUCAAUUAGCCAACUCAGCUUGAAAGCCCAACUCCAUCUUGGGUUUCUUCCCCAUCCCCACCUGUUGGUGGUUAUUUAUCCACCAGAACCACUGGAUGGGUCGCUCAGGAUCCAACCAAAUCCUUCUGUUCUCCACCUGCACCCCGCUCAUCCCACGGAGCCCUCCCGGCCAGGUGAGCUGUGGGGACAGGACAGAGCUCUGGGUCACACAGAGACACUGCUGGGUCAGGGGAGAGCAGGAGGGGUCCCAGGGGGGCCCAGCAGCUGGACCCAAGCAGGGCUCCAGCCUGUGCACCCCCUCCAGGAGCAGCAGCCCUGGCGUGUCCCGGUUCCCUGGAUAUCCAAGGCGCUCACACAAACAAAACAAAGGAACUCCUUCCCGAGCACGGAGCCAGCCCAGGCCCUGCACGGGGCUGGGUGCACUGAAUCACUCCACCAGCUGCAGAUGAAGCAAUUUGGGUCAAAUAUUCCCCCUGGCCUCCGGCCACCACCUUGUCUUGCCUUUCACCUGCUCUGCCUCAGCUCAGCCUUGGCCUUGCAGAGGCUUUCAGGUGAAGUGUGUGGGGUUGGAGGUGGCACCUGCUCAGGCAGGGUUACCUCAGGAAUCCGCUGGGUUGGGUUUAUUCCUACUUGUUAUGAUGUCAUUUUUUAUUCCUGGCUAAUUUUUAUUGCAGCUGAGCACAGAGGACAGAAAACAGCAUUAGCAGAGCUCUGCUGAGCUAUUAAUGUUCCCCGUGGGUGCAGAGGGAAUUUAGACACUCAACAAGUGUACAGAGGGGUCCAUAAAACGUGCCUGGGCUGCUCCAGGGGGGGCAGCACCGAGGGGCUCGUGGGGGCCACCCCAGCUCCGUGGGCAGGGAUGGGAUCAGAGCAGCUCCGGCUCAGCAAGGCUGGGCCCAAGGGACCUUCCUGCAGGAUGACAUCAGUAGCAUGAGGAUGCUGAGUGUACUGUCUGGGAAUCUCGGAGACGAGGGGAUGGUUUGUUUUUUUUCUGGGAGAUUAUGUGUGUGAUAAAAUAUGUCCUGGGGCUGCCUGCAGGAAGGGCCGUGCUACGAAAGCCACGGUGCCUGCUCUUCCAGCACCUGGGAAGUGGGAAGCUCGUGUGCUGAGGCAGCUGUGGGGCUGGGCUGGGGCUUCUCCAUCUCCCUGCCCACUUGGUACCUGGGCUUGCUCUGGGCAGGGACCCCAGGCGGGGGUGGGGGGUGCUUUCUUCUGCCAAAUAGGGUCAAAACUGCCCCACUCGUGUUCCCCGAAUCCCUGUGCUCUUCUCCAGGGAUGUGCUGGAUGUCCUGUGGGGUCCUGCACCCUCAGGGGCUGUCCCAUGGCUCUGGCAGGGGCUGGGGUGCCAUGGGGAGGCUUGGCUGGUUCUACACACAGGUUCCACUGUGAGGAGCCAUAAGAAGCUCCUCCAGAGGGGCUCUAUCCAUGUUGUCCCUUUCUCCUUGUCCCUGCUCCUGCAGCUCUGGGAUGUAGCUUUGUAUGGCAACAAGACCCGGUGUUUCCAAGCAUUCCUGACAGGGGAUUAUACCCCAAAAGGGAGAAUGAGGUGGGAGAGGGAGCAGAGAGGAUGCAGCUGGGAGCCUUCCUAGAGCUGUGGGAGAACGUGGAGCCUCCAAGGAUAGAGGGAGUGACCCAGAGGCUGGUGGGGAUGGAUGAGGGCUGGAGAUGGAAGGCAGAGGACUUUGCUGUUCAGCUCUGGUUCUAAUGUGCAAAGCAGGAACAAAAAUGAGGGGAAGAGAUCAGGAAAGUCCCACAAGGAACUCUCCCUGUGGGGACAAAGGUUCACCCGUGGGCUGGGGGGAGGCAAAGAGGAUCCAGUUCCUAAACUGGGGGUGAGCUGGAGAAUGGAGGGCUGGCCCUGGAUCAGCUGUGGGGAUGUGUGGAGGGAGGUGAAGCGCCGGUGGAGAUCACAGGGACGUGGCUGGGCCCCAGCCAGGGCUGGGCAGGCAGACUUCACCUCCGACAGAACCGCAGCGCGUCGCGCUUGGCAGCGCCGGCCCCGCUGGCAGCCCCUCCAGCCGGCUCCAAGGGAGCUCCUUGGAGCAGCCAGGGCAACCUCUGGAGCCAGAGUGGGACAAGAGGAAGGAGCAGGACUCCCAUCAUUUUUGGUGGGAGCGUUGGGUCUGUCCUGCAGGGGCAGGGGCACCCAAAUGGGGGGGAGAAGGGACUGAGCUGAGCGUCACCCUCACCCCUGGGGGCAGAGCUCAAGGAGACCAAAGUCAUGACCCUUUGUCUCUUCAGAGGGCAUUUCAGGAUGGAGGAGGGAAACUGGGACAGGUUUCCCUAUUCCCAAACCAGCCUUGGUGCCCACUGGGCCCGCCCAAGGAUUUUGGCUGCUGGGAAGGGAUGCUCAGAGGGACUGGUUUUUCCAACCAGCUGAGCCCAGGGUGUGCUGAGCAGUGAAGCUUCUUUAACCUCCCCCAAAUUUACUCUGAUACAACAUUUUAUCCAAACCAAAGAAAUUUUAAUAGGGGGUAAAAGCAGAAUUUUAACAUCAGUGAGGAUCUUUAGUAAAUCGUUCAGUUCCCCCAGCAUCCCCCAGCACAGGGGAGGCUGGAGCUGCUCCAAAACUCCAGUUUUAACCCAAAGAAACUAAAAAGAAACAAACAAAACCACCAAAAAAACACACUUGGCCAUGGUUUUUGCCGCCCCUUCCCCCUCCUUUUUGAUCGUCUCUGUCUUGUACAAUCCUGGUCUAGGCAGAUAACCGAGGAUCUCACCCAGCUUUUCAAAGUAGCUGGAGGAAGAAAGCAGCCUUUGUGAAGGGCUUUCUGAAGGUCUCUGUUCUGGGAAGGUUGGAAAUAGCACAAAAACAUCCUUUCUCACUAUAUUGUGUCGCUUCCAGCUCUAAGCUCCACCACGACCCAGAUGUUUAGAUGCUGAUGCUGAAAAGGAAAAUAAGAGCCAUGGGGAGAAAGCCAGGAGAGGGGGGGGAUCAGGGUGGAACUGGCUUCCAGAAACCUGCACUGCUUUGGUACAGUGUCUUUAGUUUAGAAACAGGGAAGAGAACUAGAGGAGAAGACUCAGAGAUUGUGAAUUAAUACCUUGAUUGGUACAAUGAUGACCAGCUGCCCAUCUCCUUGUGUUCAACCCUAUAGUUUAAUUUUAAGACAAUAUCCUGUGUGUUCAGCCUUGAAUAUGUUGAGGAUUUGGUGCUAUCAGGCAUUUUUUUCCGCUUUUUGAUCCCGUUUUCCCUUUUUCCCUGCAUUGCUCCCAAGUUUCCCCAGUCUUUGGACAAUUAUUGGUGGAAGUUCAUUGCUCUGCUUUUAAAAUUGUCAUUAUCCAGGAGGAGGAGGGACCUCCUCGGGAGGAUGUAUGGAAUAACUCUGUUCUUACCUAAUUGAUUGGACAAGGGAAGUUAAGUGUGAAACUCUUCUGUAUUGUCCAUGUCCUCUCUCUAAUUAUCCCAGCUCAGCAAGAACAUCCCAAAUGUGCAGGACAGGCCCUCUCUACUUGUUCUGCCUCAGCAGGAAUUUCUCCAAAUGUCCAGGCUGCUAAUCCAGCCCUUCCAGAGGGGUCUGGGCGCGGGAUUUUGCAGUCAGACAGAGCCGAGCUGAUGUGGGAAGGGGGUGCCCCCCUCCACCCCCUCCCAUCCUGUGCCUGUGUCUGUCCAGCUGCUGGGACGUGUGUCCAGCUGGAUUUUGUGCUGGGAUCAGACCAAGUGCACCCAGAUGCCGGUGGUGGGGGAGGCUGUGGCACCGCUGUCCCCCCAUCCCGACAGCUGCCCUGGGCACAGGGACAUCGGGAGAGGGGGGCGAGGCACCAUCUCCCACCCGCCCUGAACCCGCCGCUGCCAGAGCACAGGUUGUCCUGGCCAAAGCCUGGAGCAGGAGGUGGGAGCUGAACUCAUCCCUGCUCUGGCAGAGGAGCCAGACGAGCUGCUCCGGCGCUGAUUUCUUGGAGCUGAGCUCCCACGCCUGGCUCCGCGCUCGGCCCGGGGUCCCGCGGCCACCUCUGCGGAGGGGAGAGGGGACAUUCCCAUCCUACGCUCUCCUGCCUUCUCGCAGAGAUCGGGGCAGAGAUUGGGGUGGUUGAAAAGCAGAGCCUGGAGCCUGCAGAAGUUGGGAGCUGGAGCGACGAGGCCGAUCCGAGUCUGGGGUGGCAGCAAACAGAUGGUGGGGCCGGCUGGGAGGAGGAGCUGGAGCCGGGAAGGUGUCCUGGGAAUGUCCCCAGGCACCUGUGCGGGGUGUCCUGCCCGUCCCUGCAGGGGGGUUGUUGCAGAGAUGGGCUGUGGGUCCCUGGUUCCAGGGCCAUCCCCCUGCCCAUGGGGGUGCUGCAGUGUCGUGGGCUCAGCUGCCCCGGAGGGGACAGCCCCACUUUGGGGCUCUGGGGACACGUUUGUGCUCAUGUUUGCUGCAGACCCCUCACUGUCACAACCGUCCCCAAGCUCCCUCAGUGCCACCCCCGCUUCUCCGGGCAGGAGCCCCGCACGGUUCCUCCCCAUGCCACCCCCUCCCUGCCUCCCUCUGCCCCUGCUCGUGCCUAAUUCAAUUUGCUGCUCCCCGAGCGGCUCCCCAUAGCCUGACCAUUAACAAAUGGACUUGGCCGCAGGCCUGGGCGACCAUUUGGAUGCUGAAGCUGCUGCCAGGCGGGCCCGGGCACCCUGGAGGCGGUGGCAGUGCCAGCACCCCGCGCUGGCAUCCCGGAGAGCUGCCAAAUCCCGGCGGGGCCGCUGCCAGCGCCGGCAGAAAGGGGCGAGGGAGCCACACACAAAGAGGGGUUUAUAGCCCGGCCGGGCACCUGACACGGGGAGGAGGGAGGGCUGAGACGUGCUUAGCCCCGAUAAUCCCCAGUUUGAGUUUAAUAUAUUUUUUUUAUUUUUUUUUUUUAAUCAAAAGCACAGCAACAGCUGGGGCUGAGGCUUUCCAGGAGAUGAACUCAUGAACAACUGUUCAAAAUAACUUUAUUCGUGCUGCUAUUAGAUCAGUGCACUGGGGAGCCACCAAUUAUUUGUGAUUACUCGAGGCAGAUAAGGCUGGGGCAGAGCCCAGAGCCGCCAGGGAUCGAGGGCACCUCCUGGUUUGGGUAUUUUAGGUGGGCAGGUCGUGGGCACCCAGCACCCAUGGGAGCCCCAGCACCGUCCAAGCUCCCUUCAUUGGUGCUCAGGGAUCAUCCCAGGGGAAGCACAGCUGGGGGCUCUCAGGAGGAAGGGAUGUUUGCAGGCAGAGUUGUGCCAUUUCUGCCUAAAAACCAAUCAGCAGUGGUGCUGCAGAGCUAAUUAGCCUGUCCAAAGCUGCUCUGUCCAUCUCGCUGAUGAGCCCCAGAGCCAGCAGGGCACCAGCUGAGGGAGAGCUGCGGGAUUUGGAGCAGGACAGGUCCCUCCCCAGGGAUGCCCAUGGAGCAGCACCCCAGGGUCUGAGCAGGGCAGUGCCCACCCACUCGCCCUGACCCCAUCCCACAGACCAGCCUUAAACCCCUCAGCCAGCUGAGGCCAGUGCUGGACACUUUUCCUUUCCGACAUGAGCUCAAGCACAAACCUGAGCGCGAGCUGUGUUUGCCAGCGGGAUAAUCUCCCAGGGGGAUGAAAGGUGGAAGCUGAACCAGGAAAAACUGGGCUGCAGGGCCCAGGCUGCUCUGGCCAGCAGACAGACUGCAUGAGCUAAUAGGUCUUUUCCAUUUCUCGCUCCUGUGAUUCAAGAAGUCUCGUCACCGGGGAGUUUUUAAAAAUAGCCCUGGAUGAAACAGAAGACGGGGGAUGAGGGACCAGGCCUGCCUUGGCUGGGAGGCAGCUCGACCUAACAGCGCUUUUCCAUCGGGCUGUUCCAUGAUUAAUCGAGACAAGAGCAGAAAAGAAGAAGGAAAUUGAUAAACACAAUGCUUUUAUUUUUGCAGCUCCCUCGGAGGAUGAGGAGGAUGAGGAGGACGAGGUUUGUGGACACUGGAUCCUGUCAUGGAGCGAGUCCUGAGUGCCCUUCUCCAGGCUCAGGCUUGGAAGAAGCUCACCAGGAGCAACCUGGUCCAGUGGAGGGUCCAUGGCAGAGGGAUGGAAUGAGAUGAGCUUUAAGGUCCCUUCCAACCCAAACCAUUCCAGGAUUCAGCAAAAACUCAGUGUUUUCCUCCUGAAACCAGUCCUGCAAACUCCCAUGCCAGACAUAUUUCAUGUUGGUUAUGAUGUCCACUCCAUCUUCCAUGGUGAGUGAAGGCCAAGCUCUUCUUAGUGUUUGUUUUGUGCCUUUAUGAAGACAUAAAUCAGCAGAUCUUGGUUCACGGAAUCCUGGAAUAUGCUGAGUUGGAAGGGACCUGUCAGGAUCAACUCCUGGCCCAAGGAUCCCUCCAGGACAUGCCAGUGUGCUCCAAUGGCUCUUUGCUCUCCAGCUCUGGUGCUUUCCAGCCCAGCAGAACGAACCCCACAGAUCCCCUGCAGUGCAAAGCCCCCAGCUCGGAGAAGAGAGGACACUCCAGGAGGUCUGGCACGGCCCAGGGACGGGAGCCAGGGCGAGGACAGCAGGGGAUAAAACUCAGGGAAUGGCUGAUUUGCUGCCUUGAACUUGGUGGCCUUUUCUUCCUGCAGACAUCUGUGGGAGGGCAGGAGGUGUGUGAGCACCCACCUGGCCACGGGCAGGGGGCUGGAGGGGACCCUUCCAGCAGUUGGGAGGGCGGGUGGCUCCGGCUGCCGACACCUCCUGGCAGGAGACCUUUCAAUCGCUCCGUGUCCGUGUGCUGAAAAGCAAGACCUGCUGAGAUGAAACCCUUUGGCCUCCCCUCCCCACCCCCCAGCUCCAAGGCAAACACAGACAGUUCUGUUCCUACCCCGAGAAAUCCAUAUUUCAGCCUUGGACUCCCUUUGUGUGGGCUUCGUUUCAUCCAGCGCCACGGAGCCUGGACGGCUUUUGCAGCUCAUUUUGUGCUUUGGAUGCAGCCUCCUCUCUCCAGCCCUCUUGCUGCCUCCAUAAAGGAAGAACAGCAGCCUGUGGUGUGUUUUCCCUGGAUCCUGGGCUGCUGGAAAGCGAAGGAAAUGUUGCUGGAAGAGGGAGAGGGCCGGUGGGACGCUGCCGGAUCCUCCUCCCCAGCAGAGCUGCAGAACCCUGGGCCCUUUGGCUUCCUCGGGCCUUCAUGGGGAGCAACAAAUUGUCCUAUAAAAAUUGUCCUAUAAAAAUUCUUUCCUCGGAUUUUAUUUUUCCAAGGAGACAGGCCCAGCUUGGAAACCUGGGAAUUAAAUCUGCCCCUUAAAGGGACGGCGAAGUCCAAGAUGGGAGCCGUGGAGCAGAAUUCCAGCGGGAUCUUCAGGCUCUGCCUCUCUCCUUCCCAAAAUCUGCAUCUGAAGCCUCUGGCUGUGGAGGAAGAAAACCUGGCAAGGACAUUUCAGCUUCUCUUACAGUUGAGGAGGGACAGGAGCUGCUGGCCCCAGUGAUAGAUUGAAGGAUGUGGUGCAGCCUCACCCCCCUCCUCCCAGGAAGGCUGGCUACCAGUGUUCCAAGGAGGAGAGGGAGGAAUAACCAACAUUUCCGGCCAUCGGCUGCUCACACGGCCCCCGGGAGCUCCUCAGGAAGGUUUUUAAAGGAAUAUUUAUGGAUGAUCCUGGUGAAUCGGGCCCUAAAAGGAAAACUGAGCACAGGAGGAGGGAUGGUUUGGUGGAAGAGCAUCCUGGGGUUUUCACUUUCAGAGCCUUUUCCUAACGACACGAGUCACUUCAAAGCCUCCUGCAGAGUCACUGAUAAGAGCAGCUCCCUCGAGGUUUGCAUGAGCUCCAGGAACAACCCAGUGGAGCAGCUGGAGCCUCCUGGGAUGGGGGAAGCCCUGCUGACUGCACCCUGCCCAGGACAAGGGACAUCAUUUGGGGUCAGCUCUGGAGCCAUGGGGCCAUCAGGAGAGGAGGAAGAGCAGAGCAUAAUCCUGAUCAGUGAUGAUGAAGCCGAGAGCACCCCUGGGAAUUCUGUCCUGUUUGUAGACCCCCAGGAGGAACCUGCCCUGGGAGAGGAGAAACCUGAGGUUGUGGAUGAGGAAUGUGAAUUGAUGGUCACUUUCUGUAAACAAGCCAAUGUGAUGCCUCACGCAAGAUACGACUGCACCACACACCCCUUCGAGAGAACAGAAUGUGACACUUGCUCACCCCUUGGGGAAAACGCUGACAUUUGUGACCAGUGCUACUGCUACAUCUGUGACAAACUGGCUUCUGAGUGCCAGAACUGGACAACCCCCUCCCUGUGCCACUGCAAUGCCCACAACAAGAGCAGGUUCUGGAAGGAGCGGCGGGACUUUGCCCUGGCCGGGGUGCUGGUCAUGUUCAACCUGGAGCUGACGGACAUCGACGCCGACCUGCGCCACGGGGGAAGUCUGCUCAUCAAAUUUAUGCAGGAACUUUAUGUGGAAUAUAAUAAGUACCUGACUGGAGAAAGGAUACCUCCCACACAACAUGAAUGCUUCUGCCUGCCCAAAUUGCCUCCUGGGCAGUGCAGUGCCUGCAGGUCACGGAACAUGGAGGUUGUGUACAAGUAUUCUGACGUUUUUGCCCUGGUAACAAGAUUUUUAAAUCAGGCAGAGCAAGAAAGCCCUAAAGCUGCUGCUGUGAUGCUGCUGGGAGCAGCUAAAGAGAUUGCACUGCACAAAGACCCUUCUCUAAGCUGGCAGAACCUUGGCCAUACUGCUUCACUGAAGAUUGCUGUCCCAUGUCUGUUCCAAAGGAUCACAACCCAACUUCAGAGGAUGCUGGUGUUGUGUGACUUUCCAAAAACUCUGUAUGAGAAGUUUAUUAAUUUCUUUCAGUCCAUCUCCCUUCCCUGUCACUGCUUUGGCUUCUCAAACAGCCUGAACGUGGUGCCCUGGGACCACGGGUUGCUGACCACGGUUCUGAAAGGCCAGAACAUCACGGGGCAGAGGACACAGAAAGGCAGGAAGAUAUUCCUCUGGGAAACACUCCCUGUCAUCCAGGCCCGAGUGGAGAGACUGCUGGACAAGAAGAACUACAAAGAAGUUGUUCGUUACCUGAGAGCUGUGAAAUGCAAUGACACCAAAGGGUUGAGAGACCUCAGGGAUAAGAUCCCCUUCUACCUGUGUAAAACUGGGGAUUUCCUGGAUGCUGCCCAUUCCCUGCUGUUCCCAGUGAACAGCCUGGCCUGCUGCUCUGCCUGCAGGAUCACCCCCUGCGAGUUCCAGGCCUACCUCAAGAUGUUCAGGACAGGCUGUGUUCCCCCUGGCAAUGACAUGCUGCAGACUGGGCCCUGGCUCACAGUUGGGUCUCCCCUCAGGGAGGGUGUGCUAAUUAAACAGGCACUCAAACUGCUUUACAGCAACGUGUCACUGUACAGGAAUCCCAAGUGCUGGAGUUCCCUCAUCAUGGUUUUGGGGAGCAGCAAUCUGCUGGCAAAAAGUGGGCACCUACAUCCCUUAUCCCUGAAAGAGCCACCACUUGACUUCCAGGAGGGAGUCCUGGCUGCCAGCGGGAGCCUCCUGGAGGAACUGAAGGCCAAAGUGAAUGUUUCUUUGCCACCUUCUAUUUUCUCCCCUCAGCUGCACCACGAGGCUUGUCUCAUCCUGGCAGUAAAAGCAGUGCAACAGAUGCUCUUUUGUGACCUUCCAUACCUGACUUCCUUCCUAGAGAUAGCCCUGGCUUUUGGGAAUAACUUCUGGGCUCUGAGGCUGCUGCUGGAGCACCUCUCCUACCAAGAGCACAUUCUCCAAGGCACUGUAGCCCUGAUUGUGAGAGACCUCAGUCGCCAGAAAGCAACAGUGCUGAAACUGUGGCAGAACCUCGGUGCCCAGUACGUGGGUGAGUUCCUGUGCCUGUUCCUGACCUGCAGCCACCAGGAGAUGCAAAACAUUGGCCUCUUCAGCCUGAACAUCAUCACAGAGAACCUGCACACGUGUCCUUGGGCAAAGCAUCUCUGCAGCUUUUUCCACACCUCAGGUUUGAGGCACCUCCCCCCUGGCACAGAAGCUCACCACGAAGUCUCAAAGUUCCUAAAACUGUUUGAAGAACUGUAAUUUGACUUAAAUCUUUGGUUUUUCUGAGCACUGUCUUCCUGGAGCCCCUUGGUUUUCCUUCAGUUUUCAUCUCCAGAAACAUUCAGCUUUUUAAAAACCGACUUCAGAGCGAGGCCCUGAGCGGGGAGAGGGAGCUGUGAUUUGGGAAUGUCCUUUCCUGCAGUUCCACAGGUUGCAAGAGCUUUAGGUUGUUUUAAGGAGCUGAUCCCCAGAGAUUCUGGGAGAGGAGCACGGAUGGGGCUGGAGCACCACGAGCUGUCACUCCUGGCAUGGCAGGACAAGGCAAAACUGCUGAGAGGGGGAAAAGCUGAAACCAGGAAAAUCCCUGUUUGCCAGGAAAGCAGGAGCUGCUGGAGGCUGAAGGAUGGACCAAGUUUCUCCAAGCAGCCCCCUGGGGAGGAGGGGCUGGAGCAGCCAAGAGCUGGGUGGGUGUGUAAAUCACCCCAGUCUCAGGCUUGGUUUUGAUUCCCCCAGCAGGGGAGGGGUGGGCUGAGCCUGGGGGCUCUCAAACCCGACCCCCUGGGCUGUUUUACACCUGUGGAGGUGAAAAGGGGCUGUUUCUCUCCUGGUUUCUGCUCCUUCCCACCCUGAUCCCAGUCUGGCAGCGAAGGCAAACAAUGUGCUGGACUGCACUUUGCACAUUUAAGGGUUUUGGAGGGUUUUGUAGCUUUUGGCUUCCCAAAGAAGCUGCAGUUACUUGAGUUUUCUACACAGAGUGCACCUAAAUCAACACCACGUCAAUUAAAUAUGUAUCAACUUUACUGUCAGUUGGAUUGUUUUGUUUGUUUGGGGAGUUUGA